CACGUGCGCAUGUGUGAGACUGAGUCUAUGGAAACGAGUCUAUGCCAUCCAUUCAGGAAUGGAAUUUUAAACCGGCUUCCUGUGUUUGUGAGAUUCUCAAAGUGCAGGGGAGUUAAGGAUUGGGAUCCUCGAUCAGUCUGCCACCUCAACAUGGAGUAGCCGUGUCUCUCAGCAACGGAAGGAGCAGUCCUUUUAGCGAUCUUUUGUGGCAGUUUUCAGCGGAUAUACUAGCCGCAAAUGUAGAACUACUGCCCUAAUUUGCAUGAUAGUGAAGACAAGACUUCUAGAGCGAUUUUCUGUUUAUAAUUGAAAAGAUGGCGAACGACUCUCCGGCUAAAAGUCUAGUAGAUAUAGACCUUUCUUCUUUACGGGAUCCAGCCGGGAUAUUUGAAUUAGUGGAAGUGGUUGGAAAUGGCACAUAUGGACAAGUGUACAAGGGUCGACAUGUCAAGACGGGACAGCUGGCGGCCAUCAAGGUCAUGGACGUCACGGAGGAUGAAGAGGAAGAGAUUAAGCUUGAGAUCAACAUGCUGAAGAAGUACUCGCACCACAGAAACAUCGCCACUUACUAUGGUGCUUUCAUCAAGAAGAGCCCGCCGGGCCACGAUGACCAGUUGUGGCUGGUGAUGGAGUUCUGUGGAGCUGGCUCCAUCACAGACCUGGUGAAGAAUACGAAGGGUAACUCGCUGAAGGAGGACUGGAUUGCCUACAUCUCCCGAGAGAUCCUCAGAGGUCUGGCCCAUUUGCACGCACAUCAUGUCAUCCACCGUGACAUCAAAGGUCAAAAUGUCCUGCUGACUGAGAAUGCUGAGGUGAAGCUGGUGGACUUUGGAGUGAGCGCCCAGCUGGACCGCACGGUUGGCCGGAGGAACACCUUCAUUGGCACGCCCUACUGGAUGGCCCCUGAGGUCAUCGCCUGUGAUGAAAACCCUGACGCCACAUACGACUACAGGAGCGACCUGUGGUCUUGCGGCAUCACUGCUAUAGAAAUGGCUGAAGGAGCUCCCCCACUGUGUGACAUGCACCCCAUGCGAGCGCUUUUCCUCAUCCCCAGGAACCCGCCCCCAAGGCUCAAGUCCAAAAAAUGGUCCAAGAAGUUCUUCCACUUCAUCGAGAGCUGCUUGGUGAAGACCUACACCCAGCGGCCUCCCACUGACCAGCUCCUGAAACACCCUUUCAUCAGGGACCAGCCCAACGAGAGGCAAGUGCGCAUCCAGCUCAAAGACCACAUUGACCGCACCCGCAAGAAGAGGGGCGAGAAAGACGAGACAGAGUACGAGUACAGUGGUAGUGAGGAAGAGGAGGAGGAAGCAGCAGAGCUGGAGGGAGAACCCAGCUCCAUCGUGAAUGUGCCAGGCGAGUCUACCCUGCGCCGGGACUUCAUCCGCCUGCAACAGGAGAACAAGGAGCGCUCUGAGGCGCUGAGGAGGCAGCAGCUCCUGCAGGAGCAGCAGCUCCGCGAGCAGGAGGAGUACAAGCGCCAGCUACUGGCCGAGCGGCAGAAACGCAUCGAGCAGCAGAAGGAGCAGAGGAGGAGGCUGGAGGAGCAACAACGGCGAGAGCGAGAGGUGAGGAGGCAGCAAGAACGGGAGCAGAGGCGGCGGGAACAGGAGGAGAAGAGGAAGGUGGAGGAGAUGGAGCGGCGACGCAAAGAAGACGAGGAGCGCAGGAGAGCCGAGGAGGAUAAGAGGAGGAACGACCGUGAACAGGAGUACAUCCGUCGGCAGCUGGAAGAGGAGCAGAGGCACCUGGAGAUCCUCCAGCAGCAGCUGCUUCACGAGCAGGCCAUGUUACUGGAGUUCAAGUGGCGGGAGCUGGAGGAGCAGCGCAAGGCGGAGCGGCUGCAGAGACAGCUACAGCAGGAGCAGGCUUACUUGCUCUCUCUGCAGGAGGAGCAGAAGCAGCGGAGCCAGGCCCCCCUCAUGCCCCACCCCGACUGGGCCAAACUGCCCGAGGCGCGGCCCAUAGACAUGCCUGAGCGCCGGCUUGGACCAUGCGAAGUUAGUGGCGUGCCAAAAACCGAACACUCGGUUCUUAGGGAGACCGAGCGAAGUGCAGACGAGAAUGCAGGACAGACUAAGCCUGUAGAUGGGACUAAACCCUUGGCUGACCAGACCAGGGACCAGACUGAAACCGUCUCAAUGGACUGGAGUGUUUUAGUCGUACAGCCCACCCGAGGGAAUAGCCCUCCAACGGAUGGGACUGACGAACCCCUCGUCCAGUCAACUUCAAGUGGCGCAGUCUCUGAAGCCCAGCCAAUCAGAGAGGUCGAUGAGCGCUACCGGAAGACUGCGCAGGGCUCUCCUCAGAACGCACCUCCAAAGCAGCCUCCGGUGCCCCCCCGGUCGUCUGAGCCAUACUCUAACGGCAGCUCCUCCUGUGAGUCCUCAGCCAUGCACAAGCCCAUGGAGCCACAGGUGCAGUGGUCUCACCUGGCUGCCCUAAAGAACAACGCCUCUGCUUCCCCGGUCUCUCGCUCCCAUUCCUUCAGCGAUCCCGUUCCGAGUUUCCCACACAUCCACCUGCGCUCCCAGGAAUCCCACCCGCACCACCACCCAUUGCACCACCAUGCACGUCCCGAGCACCCACAGCCCAGGGGCCCCGAGGCCCCUGAAGCAGGCCAUAAUGAGGAGGUCCCUCCUCGGGUCCCUGUGAGGACAACGUCUAGAUCCCCCGUCCUGUCCCGUAGAGACUCCCCACUGCAGAGUGGACAGCAAAGUAACCAGGCCAGCCAGAGGAAUGCAGGAAGUAAUGUGGAGCCGCGUCUCUUGUGGGACCGGGUGGAGAAGCUGGCCUCCAGGCCAUGCAGCGGCAGCUCCUCAGGCUCCAGCAACUCCAGCUCGCCUGCAGGCUCCCAGGCUGGCUCUGGCGAGAAGUUCAGGACCCGCUCUUCUUCAAAGUCCGAGGGCUCUCCACUGCAGCGUCCAGAACAUGCUGGGAAAAGAUCGGAGGAGAAGAGGGAAUUUGUCAGACCCAGGCCUGCUGGGGAAGCGGAUCUGACUCUGCUGGCCAAUGAGGUGCGAGCAGCUGAAGAUGCCCGCCCCCCUCACAAAGUGACAGACUACUCCUCAUCGAGUGAGGACUCUGAUUCGGACGAGGAUGAUGAGGAGGUGGAACAGGAGCUGGGGAAUGAGUCUACCUCGGGUGCAGAAGAAUCGAGAGCAAGCUCCUCAAAGAUUAGCAAUGGUGAAACGGAGUCAGUAAAGACCAUGAUUGUUCACGAGGAAGAGGAAAGCGACCCUACCACCACACCCUCUAAAGAUGGCACUGUCAUAGUCAGACAGAGUGUAGCUGACAUAAAGCGCUUGGCUCCUGGGCCCGGCUCUGACCCAGGCCCCGCCCAUAACCAGGCCCACGAGGAACGAAACGGCUUCCCAGUUCGCAUUCACCUCCUGCCCGACCUCAUCCAGCAGAGCCAUCACUCUCCCUCCCCCUCCGUCACAUCCUCCCCAGCCUCCAGCCACGCCAGCCCCUCUAUGUCCCCCCACACCCCCACGGACAAGUCGGUUGUCAGCGAGAUGCAGUCUGCCAGCAGUACUCUUGAGAAACACAAGUCCUCCUCAUCCUUCACACCCUUCAUUGACCCGCGCCUCCUGCAAGUGUCGCCCUCUAGUGGCAUCUCUCUUAACAACAUGGCAGGCUUUGGGAAUGACGGACGGCUGCAGGAAGUCCUAAGGCCCGACCCAUCACGGAAGGGCUCUGUGGUUAACGUCAACCCAGUGAACACUCGCCCGCAGAGUGAUACACCUGAGAUCCGCAAGUACAAGAAGAGGUUCAACUCAGAGAUCCUGUGUGCUGCGCUCUGGGGGGUGAACCUGUUAGUGGGCACAGAAAGUGGACUUCUACUCCUUGACCGCAGCGGGCAGGGCAAGGUCUACCCCCUCAUCAACCGACGCCGCUUCCAGCAGAUGGAUGUCCUGGAAGGGCUCAAUGUUCUGGUCACGAUAUCAGGCAAAAAGAACAAACUGCGAGUGUAUUAUUUGUCCUGGCUGAGGAACAAGAUUCUGCAUAAUGAUCCUGAGGUGGAGAAGAAACAAGGCUGGACAACAGUGGGAGAUCUGGAGGGCUGUGUGCACUACAAAGUUGUUAAAUAUGAAAGAAUCAAGUUUUUGGUGCUUGCCUUGAAGAACUCUGUGGAGGUGUAUGCCUGGGCUCCAAAGCCAUACCAUAAGUUCAUGGCCUUUAAGUCAUUUGGAGACCUAAUGCACAAGCCCUUGCUAGUUGACUUGACUGUAGAGGAGGGUCAGAGGUUAAAGGUGAUCUAUGGCUCCUGCUCUGGGUUCCAUGCCGUGGAUGUGGACUCGGGUGCUGUUUAUGACAUCUACUUACCCACGCACAUUCAGACCAGCAUCCAAUCACACGCCAUCAUCAUCCUCCCCAACACAGAUGGCAUUGAGCUGCUGGUAUGCUACGAGGACGAAGGCGUCUAUGUGAACACGUAUGGCCGCAUCACCAAAGAUGUGGUUCUGCAGUGGGGAGAGAUGCCCACCUCUGUGGCAUACAUCAGGUCUAACCAGAUCAUGGGCUGGGGAGAGAAAGCCAUAGAGAUCCGCUCUGUGGAAACGGGACAUCUGGACGGUGUCUUUAUGCACAAAAGGGCACAGAGACUCAAAUUCCUCUGUGAAAGAAAUGACAAGGUUUUCUUUGCCUCUGUGCGGCCGGGAGGCUCCAGCCAGGUCUACUUCAUGACCCUGAGCCGCAGUAACCUGCUGAGCUGGUAACGCUGCCCUGUGUCUGGUUCCGACUACGAAGCACAGCCUUGUCUAAUGUGCUGAAGAGCUGGCACUGAAGGAAAAAAAAAAAAAAAUCUUCCUGGAGCCAAUAUAUUUUCUGGGGUCACAUGUUCCACUGUAUUGGUGCUGUUUUUCAAGCUGUGGUCUGGCCAUUAGGGGACUGAACGUCGAAUGCCGACAAAGGAAUGGGAUUGUCCGGGAGCAACAGCGCCCCCUGCCACCGGGACCGUGAACAUUGACUUGUUGUUCUGUUGUCAAGUCUACAGCGCUGCUCUGUGGCUCAGCCAGCUCCAGGCUUUGAGCGAAGAUAAACUCCCAUCCGUUGUAAGAACUUAAAAUUCAGGGGUUCCUUCUCCCUCAACACUUUCAGAUGUAAAGAAAUAUAAAAUCCUGAACCGUGAAUCUAGUUUAAAUGUUAAAUGUGUUCCCACAGAGUUUAGAUUGUCAGAGUGGCACGAUGUGUGUACCAUCUCCCUUGCUGAAAGACUAGAGGGGAAGAAGGGUCAUGGUAGUAGCUGUUGGAAAGAGCUUGGGCUUGUUUUCCUUCUGUGAAUUUGUCAACUGCCAAGAACAGUCAUACUGUACUAUUGUGGUAGUCCAGGUUACUUUGGGGAUUAAUACUUGGAGGAUUUUUAACAACGUUGACUUGUGUGUUGAUUUUACGCUAAUGAAAUUGCCACAAUGUUCAUAUACAGUACAUUGAGUGUUUUUAUUUUUUAAGCAUUGCACUUGAUAAAUAAAUUCUUAGUUUCCUUCUCA